GAGUGCUCUUACUGCAGCCUUGCCUCUGCAGAGGGGUCUGUUCCAGCCACAGCAUGAUAGUUUGGAGUUGCCUUAGUCUGCAGAAUACUUCUUCUCUUUCAGGCUUUUCUGUUGGUCAAGGACAUUGCCAAUAAGUCAGAGUUUUGUCUUGCAUUGUAUCACCCAAAGUUUGAAAGCAGUGGACACUGUUAAACCAGAUGCCUUUGGCCCACUUGUAACAUGAGUUACAGGACAAGUUUGUAGAUGGUUGCUUGCAUUAUGCUCUGGGAGGGAAUGCCCAAAUGGAUUUCUUAUGCUCCAGAUGUUUCCAGGGUCUAUUUCUACCGAGCAAAGACUAGGCCAGCUGGAAGUGGGAAUUACUUUAGGAGUGUGACCUUAGUGGUUCAUGGCAAACUUGUGCAAAGUGUCUGAGGUCAUUCUGAGGGGUAUGUUAGCUCUGUUAAGUAUACCUAUAAAUAAAUUUUCCUUCUUCAUCUGGAUGCCUUGAGGGUUUUUUGCUUAUUAUUGUAGGGUCAGCUGUCUGUCUGUCUGUGAAACUGGGUGAGGGAUAUCUUGAGCAGAACGAAAAAACCAUGUUUAUUAUCUUGGAGGGGUUCUCAUCUGCUUCAAAUCCUUAGGACCUUUCUUUCAGAUGUCUGUUUCUAUUUCACAUUUUUCUUCUUUCUGUCAUUUAACCUAAAAUAUGUAUUAGACCCUGCAUUGCUCUGGAAUUGGCUUAUUCUAAAAGUUUUGUCUUGUGUUGUAACUAAGAGUGAACAGAAACACCAAAGUCUUUGGGGAUGAAUCUUGCUGAGCAUUUCUAAAGAUUACAUUUGCUUUAGUUUCUGAUUGGGUUUGUGGGAACAGUGCUUUAUCUGCCACCAGGAAACAGAAAACAUUACUGUGUAUUUAGAUAAAAUAAGGAGGGGGUGGCUUUGAAAUCCAGUUGUUGGAUAUGAUUUAAUUAAAUUCCUGCUUGUCUAAGUUUCAGAAGCUGGCUGCCUUCUCUGUCCAAGUAUGUUCUGUUUAGUUCUGACCAAAUAUUUGUGAGUGAAAAUUUGCUUGUCCUUUCAGAGGGAAGGAUAUGAAAAAAGAGUUAAACAGCCAUCAUCAAUGAAAUUGUAUCAGGCUUCCUCCUUCAUUGAUAUGGAUGAGUUAUGCCUGCAGUAAGCCCAAAUAAACAAAAGUACUGUGUCUUCUCAUUCAGGGCUUAAAACAGUGCUAAAUUUAGAAUUGGAAUUACUCUGAUAGGAAGGGCUAGGUUGUUGCCAUAUAAUUUGAUUCUAGUAGCUUUUUUGUAGUGUGUAUUUAGAGCCUGCUUGGGGACACAAUGUUACUUCAAGUCUUACACUGCCUUCCCACUUGCAGACUCCAGCUCCUUCUCCCUUUCCCUCUUUGGGUUUGUCAACCAUUAGCUCCUUGUGGGGGUGUAAUUCAGUUUUAGGCCAUAUUACUUGCCUCAUCUCGAAGUCUUGACCUUUCUGUCUUAUGAUGAUGUCAGCCAUGAGGAGCUGGUCUGUAACUUUCCCCCUGAGGUUCAGUCUGCAUCACACCUUCCUGUUCCAGUCACUGUUUGUGCCCUGCAAAGUCACACUGGGUUUUUUUCCUGACUCUGCAUUGCUUGUUCUAUCUUGCUACUUGUUCUUCUUAUGACUGCUUUUAACAUCAGAGCUUUACCACCUUUCUUCUUGCCACUCUCCAGAACUCCUCCUAGUUCUAACUUAAGCUUUUCCAAUUGUUCCAUGUCUGAAUAUUAGCCUAGGUAUUUUUGGGGUUAUGCAGUAGCUGUAGUUAUACUGUAACAUUGUUUACAUCUGUCCUCUGACAAGAUUAAUGCAUGUUGUCAUCCUCUGUCUUGUUAAGACUCACACUUCAGGGUUUGAAGGCAGUUAUUUCUGCCUCUAUGUUUAAGAGAAAAAAAGAUAUUUUAAAAAUUAAAAAUGUGCUAGCUCCAUAAGAACAGACCAGGAGAAAGAACAGACCAGAUUAUUUGGAUAGAGAAGAAGACAGGGCUGGUGAUAUUACCACAGAACAUUGGUGUGGAGCCUCCUGAAUUGGUGCUCGAGCUAUUUCUGAUGCCCCAGUGUGUCGUUUAGCAUAAGCAAGUUUCUUUGCUGUGCUGUGGUGAGGUGUGUGAGGGCUGUAGAGUUCCCAAAGGUCUGUGAUACCAAACUACUGCAUCCUGCUGCUGACUUUUGUACCCUCCCAAGUAGAGGUGAUUCACCUGCUGGUGUCUGGUGUCCUGGUUAUGGCCUGGCAGCAUUCCUGGGCCUUGUUUUACUCCAGCAGUGUUCAGAAGAGUGGACAGUUCAUGUUCUAUGUUAGACUGCUUUUCAUUAACUUGCGAGUCUCUCUCUCAUUUCCAGUUGCCAUCUUCUAAAUGGAUUCCAGUGAAUUUUCAGGAUCCUUGGACCCCCUGUCCUUGCCUGACAAACCGCUCAUUGGUGAUCUCCCUGCUGACAUGGAGUUUGGUGAAGAUCUCCUGGGCUCCCAAACAGCUUCCACCCAGGAAGUUUCAGUUGUUCAGCCCCCUGGCUGGGAUCAAUCCAAACAGAUGACUGCAGAUGAGGACUUGGACCUUGUAGUGAAAGCAGACAGCGAGUCUGAACUAAAUAAAUCAAAUGACUGUGUUCUAGAUAAACCUGGUGUCUUGGAUAAGCUGGAGAAACCUGGUGUCUUAGAUGAUUUGGGUAAAACCUCUGACUUGGUGGAUAAACCAGAGGGUCUGGAUGGGCUGUGUAAGGCACAACCUUCCCAGGACGUGGAAGGUGGACCGGCAGACUCCUCUGCCUUAUCUAGAGAAGGCAUUGGUCCAGAAACAGGGAAAGAAGGGGAGGAUGCACCAAAAAAUUUUUCUGGGGAUGUAAAGGAAGAUGGUGCUGCUGCUAUUCCUGCACUGUCUGGUGACAAUGCUCCUGGAUCACCCCAACAACCUGUCCCUGAUUCCAGGGAUCUCAGCAGUGCCCCGGCCAAGGAAGAAACCACAGCACAGUCCUCAAAUCCCACAGUGCCCCCACCCCAAAUCAGUCUUAAACAAACAAAGAAGAUGAAGUUGAAGGCACCAAGGAAAAGCUCACCUGUGCAGAGGGAAGGGCUGGCAGGGGAGGCAGAGGUGCGACUGAGCCCAGACAGCAGAACUGCAGCUUUGCCCCCUGAGCCUGUGGAGAAAAACCGGGCAGAGGAAGGGGAUGAUAGUGGGAAGAACUCACAUAAAGAAAACAGUGUACUCAAAGCACAGGAAGCCUUACCACCAGCAGGAGAAAGCCUGUCUGGGAAGGGAAGCGAGCCACCAGCUGAGAAGGAGCAGAAAAGAAGUGAACGACCCAGAAGAUCAGAAACUGUCAGGACUGAGACUGUGAACUCCUCAGAGAGCAUUCCAGUGUCUGAUGAAGACUCUGAUGCGAUGGUGGAUGAUCCCAACGACGAGGAUUUCGUCCCUUUCCGUACGCGGCGCUCCACUCGGAUGUCGCUGCGCGCGCAGAUGGCGCAGCGAGCCGCCCGCUCCACCUUCACCAAGAUGACGUGUGCCAACUGCAGGACCCCCCUGCAGAAGGGCCAGACUGCCUACCAGCGAAAAGGGCUUCCUCAGCUCUUCUGCUCCAGCUCCUGUCUCACCACCUUCUCAAAAAAACCGCCUGGCAAGAAGAUAUGCACCUUCUGCAAAAAGGAGAUCUGGAACACCAAGGACUCUGUGGUUGCCCAGAUUGGUUCAGGUGGCUCUUUCCAUGAGUUCUGCACCUCUGUCUGCCUUUCCCUCUACGAGGCCCAGCAGCACAGACCAGCACCUCAGUCUGCAGAUGCCUCGGACACCAGCCGCUGCAGUGUUUGCCACAAACCUGGCGAGAUCCAGCACGAGGUCAGCAAUGGGAACGUGGUUCACCGCAUCUGCAGUGACGCCUGCUUCACCAAGUUCCGGGCCACCAAGGGGCUGAAAACGAACUGCUGUGACAACUGUGGACUUUAUAUCUACAACAAGGGCUUGCCCCUGGAGUACCUCUUCCAUGAAGGCCAGCAAAAACGCUUUUGCAACUCUGCGUGUCUCAACAGUUACAAGAAGAAGAACACUCGGGUCUACCCCUGCAUGUGGUGCAAGACGCUGUGCAAGAACUUUGACAUGCUGCCCAACGUGGAUCGCAGUGGCAAGAUGGGCCUGUUCUGCUCCAUCUGCUGCACUACCUCCCACAAAGUGAAGCAGUCAGGCUUAGUUGGUCCCCCCAGACCCUGCAGCUUCUGCAGAAAGAGUUUAUCUGAACCCUGCUAUUACAACAAGACAGACCGGGUUGUCUACCAGUUCUGCAGCCCCAGCUGCUGGACCAAAUUCCAGCGCACCAGCCCGGAAGGUGGGAUCCACCUCAACUGCCAUUACUGUCACAAUCUGUUCAGCGGGAAGCCGGAGAUCCUGGACUGGCAGGACAAGGUGUAUCAGUUCUGCUGCAAGGACUGCUGCGAGGACUUCAAGCGGCUGCGUGGGGUGGUGUCUCAGUGUGAACACUGCAAGCAGGAGAAGCUGCUGCAUGAGAAGAUCCGUUUCUCUGGAGUGGAGAAGAACUUCUGCAGCGAAGGGUGUGUGCUUCUUUACAAACAGGAUUUCACCAAGAACCUGGGCCUGUGCUGCAUCACCUGCACCUACUGUUCUCAGACCUGCCAGCGGGCGGUCACCGAGCAGCUGGAGGGCAGCACCUGGGACUUCUGUAGUGAAGACUGCAAAAGCAAAUACUUGCUCUGGUACUUCAAGGCAGCUCGGUGCCAUGCCUGCAAGCGUCAGGGGAAGCUGCUGGAAACCAUCCACUGGCGGGGGCAAAUCAAACACUUCUGCAACCAGCAGUGUCUGCUGCGAUUUUACAAUCAACAGAACCAGCCCAACCUGGACACGCAGAAGGGGCCCGAGAGCCUGCUGAACAGUCAGACUUCAGAACCAAAACCAGCUGUCCCUUCCACACAGAAGGCAGAAACUAACAUGCUGUCAGCAAAGGCCUCCUCAGCCCAAACCUCUCCAGCUGUGCCACCUCCUGCCCCACCUCUGGUUCCAGCCACCCCUCGGAAAAACAAAGCUGCCAUGUGUAAACCACUGAUGCAGAACCGGGGUGUCUCCUGCAAGUUUGAAAUGAAGUCCAAAGGAUGUCAGACAGAGGCUGACUGGAAGCCCCAGCUGGUUGUGUUGCCAAUCCCCGUCCCGAUCUUCGUGCCUGUGCCUAUGCAUAUGUACUGCCAGAAAGUACCUGUGCCUUUCUCCAUGCCUGUCCCGGUGCCUGUGCCAAUGUUCCUGCCCACCACACUGGAGAGCACAGAGAAGAUCGUGGAGACCAUUGAGGAACUGAAGGUGAAGAUCCCCUCCAAUCCCCUAGAGGCUGACAUCCUGGCCAUGGCUGAGAUGAUUGCAGAGGCUGAGGAACUGGACAAAGCCUCCUCAGACUUGUGUGACCUGGUGAGUAACCAGAGUGCAGAGGGUCUCCUGGAGGACUGUGAUCUGUUCGGACCAGCGCGGGACGAUGUGUUGGCUAUGGCUGUCAAGAUGGCAAAUGUCCUCGAUGAGCCAGGCCAGGACCUAGAGGCUGACUUCCCUAAGAACCCUCUGGACAUCAACCCCAGUGUGGAUUUCCUCUUUGACUGUGGGCUGGUGGGACCAGAUGAUGUGUCCACAGAGCAAGAUCUGCCUCGAGCUGUCCGGAAGGGGCAGAAGCGCCUGGUGCUCUCUGAAAGCUGUUCCCGGGACUCGAUGAGCAGCCAGCCCAGCUGUACCGUGCUCAACUACUCAUAUGGUGUGAAUGCCUGGAAGUCCUGGGUACAAGCCAAGUAUGCAGGGGGAGAAACCAGCAAGGGAGAGGAGCUACGCUUUGGCCCCAAGCCCAUGAGGAUCAAGGAAGACAUCCUAGCCUGCUCAGCAGCUGAGCUCAACUACGGCCUGGCCCAGUUUGUGAAGGAGAUAACCCGGCCCAAUGGGGAGCGCUAUGAACCAGACAGCAUCUAUUACCUCUGCCUUGGCAUCCAGCAGUACCUGCUCGAGAACAAUCGUAUGGUGAAUAUAUUUACAGACCUUUACUACCUGACCUUCGUGCAGGAGCUGAACAAAUCCCUGAGUGGCUGGCAACCCACAAUCUUACCAAAUAACACAGUUUUCUCCCGUGUCGAGGAGGAGCACCUCUGGGAGUGCAAACAGCUGGGUGUUUACUCACCCUUUGUGCUUCUCAACACCCUCAUGUUCUUCAACACGAAGUUCUUUGGGCUGCAGACGGCGGAGGAGCACAUGCAGCUCUCCUUCACCAACGUGGUGCGCCAGUCCCGCAAGUGCACCACAGCCCGUGGCAUGACAAAGGUGGUGAGCAUCCGCUACUACGCUCCUGCCAAGCAGAAGAAAAGCCGAGAUGGCGGCUCUGGAAAACGGAAGCGUGAGGAGGAGGUACCGAUGCUGGAGCAGCGGGAGAACAGGAUGAACCCCCUGCGAUGCCCAGUCAAGUUUUAUGAGUUUUAUCUCUCCAAAUGCCCCGAGAGCCUGCGGAACCGCAGCGACGUGUUCUACCUGCAGCCCGAGCGGUCGUGCAUCGCCGAGUCCCCGCUCUGGUACUCGGUGAUCCCCAUGGACCGCAGCAUGCUGGAGAGCAUGCUGAACCGCAUCCUGGCCGUCAGGGAGAUCUACGAGGAGCACAGUCGCCUCAGCAGCCUGGAGGAUGACGUGGACUAAGGCAGAGGUGCUGCUGGACUGGCUGCGCUCCAGCCCUGGACACCUCAUCUUGCUGCUUGCCAUUGCAGGGCAGGGGCCAUGCAGCAUAGGAAGGGAUGGUGCUGCAGCAGUGCUGUCCCUGCAUCGUUACCAGACUUGGACCUCCCAUCCUGCUCGUUACAGGCAUCCCCUACGUCCAUGGCCCCACACUCAGCUCUGUCUCGUUUUGGCUGCUGGGUGAGCCAUCUUCCCCAGGGUCCGUUCCCGUGGCACAGGAGUGGCAGAGUCCCUGGUGCAGCUCCCCUUGCCCAGCCCUGUCCUUCCUCUACCCCCAGCCCUGCCACUACCCCUCUCUCCCUGUGCCCCAGGGCAGGAAUUGCACAAAACACAUUGGACCAGUGGCCCCCAAAGCUUUUACUUCCCUCUUCCUUUAGCAUUCUCUCACAAGGCUGGAGGUAUCAAGGCAGGAACAGUAACUCUGCUGCUGGGGCAGGAUUGUCUUUUCAAGCCAGUGGGCAUGGGCCACAGGCAGCCUGAGAGCUGUUGGGUCAGGGGGAGAACUUCUGUCCCAGGAUGGGAGAGAUUUGGGUUGGCUGCAGGGAGUAGAUAGAGCUGGCACUGGAAUUCAUGGGCAGAGAUCUGCCCUUGCCACAGGGAUACCUCCCUUGUGUACAGCCAGGAUGCCUCCCUCUCUUUGGUCAAUGUUUUCUGACUCUGCUGAAAACUGAUGGAGAUGGGUCUGUACUAGUGCUGCCCCUCUCUCCCCACUGUUCCCUGUCUUGGUGUAAGGACCCUCCCCUGUGCAAGGUGCCAUCAGUAGAAAACUCUGCUCCAGCCAGGGGCCCAGGCAUUUGCUGGCAGAAGCAGGGAGCCCUGCCUGGCCUCCCCCUCCCUCCCACAGCCACAGGCUGCCACCACCCUGCCCAGGGCAAGUCCAGCUUCAGCUGUGCCACUCUGUGCUGCCUCCUGCCCCUUCUCGUGUUCUGGUCGGUUUUCUUGAGCUGUACAUGGGUCUCCUGUUGAGCCUGUAUAUAUUGUUCUGAGCCCUGGCCUGGGGCCAUCUGUUCUCUGUGUCCAUGUGGAGAGUGAGCUGCUCACCAGUCUUGUUGUAGUGAUGCCAGGGCAGUAGGACUAACCCUGUCUCUGGAAACCAUUCAUUUCAAAUAAAGAUGUGAACAACUGGUA